CAAAUAUCAAACUACCUCUUAGAAUUUUGGUUAAUUCAGAUACACUAAGCUAUUGGUUUAUCCGUUUAUAGUUCCAUAUUGUGAUUUAAUGUUCCUUUCAAUUUGGGAAAGUCCACGUGGCCUACUAACUAAGUAGUCAUAUCUCAAACACAAAUGUUAAUAAUUCAAUUUCUUACUCAGUCGUCAUAAAAAAAAAAUUACUUUCAGUAUGUUGAUCCAUUAUAGUUCUUUAAAUUAGUGACCACACUUAUUCAAUUUCCUUUCGUCUCCAUUGACCUUAACACCAGAAUAAUUUUAGUUUUGUGGAAGACUUGUUGUUACAUCUUUGGAUCAGUCAUCAUGCCCACCUUACACAGGGCAUGAUCGUUGUCAGUCUUUUUGCACACGUUGUAUGACAUCGAACAUAACUCUCUCAUCACCCUACAAGGAGGUACUUAUUAUUUUCUUAAUAAGGAUGAUAUAUGUUGUUUUUUUAUAGUUAGGCGUCAUAGUAAAGAAAUUUGAAUCUAUGAUCUCCAGGUUUAGGAGUAGUGGUAUUUCCAUUAAAUUAAACCCUUGUUUUUAAUUUGGGUAUCAGACGUGUUGUACUAUUCAUGAUUAUUGAUUCGAUAUUUUAUUAUGUUUAGGUAAUUGCAAUUCUGGAUUACAAUCUAUAUUAUGUCAUUUACCCAUUUUGUCAUAUUGAUCCACUGAAGAACUAAACCAAACACUAUUUGGCCAUCCAUACUUACACCGAAGGUAUUUGUUUCUUUUUGUGUACAACGGUCAAAGGUCUUUGGUAGAGGAAUGAGCUCCGGCAAAAAGGAAAAAUCGCCAGCAAUAAGUGACUGGACAGGGUUUUGAUAAACAUAACCAAGCCCAUUCAAGCCCAAAAGACAACAAAACCAGUGGGCUAUUCAUUUGCUUUUUCUACCACGGGCCGUUAUUGGAUAUUCCCUUCUUCCUUCAUUCACGAGCCCAAGGCAGCAAAGUUUUCCCCAACAAUACCCACGUGGCACGACCUAAGUCGCGAAAGGACAAAUCAUUAUCCAUUUGGAAAUUCCCUCUCUAGAGAAGAGCGAGAGACUCUCUGUUCUGCUUCUGCUGUCUGCUCAAGCUCUUCCGGAGGUUAGGAAAUCGGGGGAGCAAAGAAGAAAAAUGGGUGUUCUUCUCCUGAACAACUCUCUCUGUUCGGCGAAAAUCCCAACGAAACCAGCUCUUCCCCUCCUCCCGAAACUUCCUCCAGCGUCAGUUUCUCUCUCUACCUCCCGAUCCCAGGUUGUACGAGACUUGGCUAAAACAGGUUUGCUUGCGGUGCUAUCUGCUUCUGUCUUCCUAUCUGACCCAGCUCUCGCUUACAAGGGAGGAGGGCCUUACGGCGCUGGAGUGACGAGAGGGCAGGAUCUAACGGGCAUGGAUUUCAGCGGCAAGACUUUGAUCAAGCAGGACUUCAAAACUUCGAUUCUAAGGCAAGCAAAUUUCAAAGGUGCAAAGUUGCUCGGUGCUAGUUUCUUCGAUGCUGACUUGACAGGGGCUGAUCUUUCAGAUGCAGACCUUAGAUCUGCAGAUUUCUCACUGGCCAAUGUCACAAAGGCGAAUUUGAGCAAUGCUAACCUGGAAGGCGCACUAGCUACAGGCAACACUUCUUUCAGAGGCUCGAAUAUAACAGGAGCAGAUUUCACUGAUGUACCUCUACGGGAAGAUCAACGGGAAUACCUUUGCAAAGUUGCAGAUGGGGUGAAUCCAACAACUGGGAAUGCGACACGAGAGACAUUGUUUUGCAACUAGUACUCUUCCCUAGUCGAAUCACGUUGGAAAGAAGGCAUCAGCCAUCCAUCGGCACCAUAUAAAGAGCUGCAAAUUUCCCCCUUUUAAGCUGAGGUUUGGCCAUCAACUUUGUGUAACUAGUUCACAAGUUCACGUACAAAUACCUUAAUUCAAUUUUACAACCAAAUUUCUCCCUGCAUCUUCAUCCCUUCCAACUCAAUCACAGGAUCACCAACUAAAACUGUGCCGUUCCUUUUUGUACUGCACUAUUUCGAACUGGGACGAAUAUAUGCUGAUUGUGAUUUGUGACCAUAUUGGGAUGCUUGACGUCAUAUGCCAGAACAUGUGCUGAAGAAAUGGCAAUCACCUUUGCACCGACACAUCUGCGUAUUAAAUCCAUUGUUCUAAU